AUGGAAACAGACAAAAUAAAUAAUGGGGAUGAUCCCCUAGUGUCUGCUGGGAAGCUUAUAAAUGACAUAUAUACCUUAUCUUCGAUUAAAGAUAUUGAUAUAGAUAUUAUUCAGGAAGGACUACUGAAAAAGGUUAUGGACGAUGAAGAAACAAACGGAAUAAUGUUUGCAGAAGAUACGUCUAAUUCUAAAAAUGAAUGUACUAUUCUCAAUAUACGAAUAAAUGUUGAUAAAAAUAAUUAUGGGCCAAAUAAGUAUGAAUUGGGGUAUGCUGAUAUUACUGUGAAUAUAGAUUUUAAUAAAAAGGAGUAUAAUUAUAGUUUAGAUAAUUCUAAAUUACAUAAAUGUUAUUAUUAUAAAAUAACGAUGUUUUUAAAUUAUAUUACAGAAAAAAAAUUAAAUUUUAAAGACAGUAUUAUGUAUUUGUAUUCUCACAUUAAUGAUCAUAAUUCUAUGAAGUGCUCUUGUUGGGUCGAUGAUAAAAAUGUAGAAACUAUCUUGGAAGGCAAAAUGAAUGAUAAUAUAAAAUCCGAAAAAAAAGAACAUUUUACUGAGCAUUCAAAGGGUUAUAUAAAAGUGAAUAUAGAAAAUGAAAGAGAAGAGACAAAUGCAAAGUUGAAGGGAAAAACAUGUACUGUCCGAUCCUUUUCUGAAGAUAAUAUUAGUUUUACAAAUAACAUGGGUAACUAUUCUGAUAGUAGCAAAUUUAAUGAAAUUGGCAAUUCAGAAAUUCUAAAACUGGGAAUAAAUAAAUCCGGAGCAGGCACAGAUAGCGAAAUUGUAAAGAAAGAAAAAUCGAACAAAAAUAUAACAAAAAAAAUGAAAAGGGAUGCAUUCAAUGAAUUGAUAGAAAAAAAGGGAAAAAAUAAAAUUGAAGAAAACUGCAAACAAGAUAAUAACAAACCAAUUAAUUAUUCUACUGAAGAAAGAAAUAGUAAAAGAGAAGAUAUCGAAUUUUCAAUAAAAGACGCAGAAGAAAUUAGUAAUUUUCUUAAAACAGAUGAUUUAAAUAAAACCCCAAAAAUAAAAUUGAAUAAUAUAACAGAAAUCGAAAAAAAUAAUAUAUAUGAAAAAGAAGAAAGGAAAAAAAAGAAAUUUAUUAAAAUUAUGAAGGAAAAUACACCGCUAACUGUUUUAUUGGCAAGUAAUGGGAAUGAAAUAUGUAAAGAAAUUAUUAACAAAUAUUCUCGGUAUUAUCGAGAUUUUUCAGAAGAAAGUGUACUGGGAUGUGGUGGCUUUGGUUACGUUAUGAAAGUUAAAAAUAAAAGAUUCAAUAUAGCUUAUGCUGUGAAAAAAAUAACCUUGAGCAGUUAUAGUCCUAACAAACGAGGAAAUGAUAACGAAAUGGCUGGAAAAUAUAAUAAUAAUGCUAAAAAGGGUAACAAAUAUAAUGAUAAUGAACACGCGAUGUCUGGGUCUUUUAGCUCCGGUAACAACAUCAUGAAUGAAAACAACAGUCUUAUAAUGGAAGAAGUUAUAAUGAUUGCUAAAUUGCAGCAUGAAAAUAUCGUGAGAUAUUAUGAUGCAUGGGUGGAAAAUAACAUAGACUAUUAUCUUUUUAAAGAAAUUAAAAAUAAUUAUAAAUAUGUAAUAAAGAAGAAAAAUAAAGAAAAUAAAAAGAAUAUAUACUAUAUAGAUGAAAUAAACAAUAUACGAAAUUAUUAUAAUAAGAAGAAUAAAGAGAAUAUAAAAAUGAAUGAAAAAUAUUUAUACAUAUUAAUGGAAUAUUGCCCAGGAAAAACAUUAAGAGAAGCUAUAGAUUGCGGUUUUAUUUAUAAAAAUGAAAAAUUAAUAUGGGAACUGAUUAAACAAAUUUUAAAUGGAAUAUAUUAUAUACAUGAUAUGAAAAUAAUGCAUAGAGAUAUAAAACCGUCAAAUAUAUUUUUACAAAUAAAUGACGACAUUUUAUCAGCUAAAAUAGGCGAUUUUGGUUUAACUACCAAAAUUGAUAAUACUCAAAUAAACCCAUCAGCAGGAACAGUUAAUUAUAUGUCUCCUGAGCAAAUAAAUGGAGAACAUUUUGAUCAAAAAGCGGAUAUUUUUUCAUUAGGAGUUGUUUUUUUUGAAAUGUUUCAUGAACCCUUUUCAACAUCAAUGGAAAGGUCAAUAGUGUUAUCUAAUCUAUUGAAAUGUAUAUACCCAGAAAGCAUACGAUCAGAUAAUAAGAUAUUCCAAUUUUUGUUAAGUUUAUUAGAAAUUGAUCCACAGAAAAGGUUGUCUGCUUAUAGCUUAUUACAUGAGAAUUUUUUUUUUUCAUAUGAAAAAAAUUUUAAUGAGAUUUAUAAUUUAGUUGAGAAAAAAAGGAACUGUGAGGAAGUGCAGACAAUAAUUAGUACACUAUUUGAAAAAAAUGAUAAUAAAAUUGAAAAGAAUUCGAUAAAAAAAGAAGAUAUGAUAGCAUUUCAAGGAGCUAAAAUAUUUUCAGAAGAAUCAAAUAUAAAGAAAAGUAUAAAAAAAAAAAUUAUAUUGUCUUUCAAAAAAAGAGGUGCAAUUUUUUUAAUAACACCUAUAAUUUUACGAAAUAAAUAUUAUAUAAACUUUGAAAAUAUAACAAUUGAUGAGUAUAAUUAUUCUUGUAAUAUAAAUAAGAAGAAAGAAAACAAAUGUAAAAGCAUAUUUAUAAAUACAAAUGCGUGUAAUAAUAUUGAAAAUGUGGUAUAUUUGUUAGACAUAUAUGGAAAUAUUAUAACUUUGCGAAAUUCAUUUUUUUUGUCUUUUUCCGAAUAUAUAUAUGAAAAUAUAGAUUGUUAUGAUAAAUAUAAUGAAACAAUGUUAUUUUGGAAAUUUUAUACUAAAGGAUAUACAUACAAAUAUCAAAUAGCUAAAAAUAAACAACCAAAAAAAGAUAUUAAUACUACUAAUUUAUACCCAGAUGAAGUAGAAAAAAUAUUUUAUUGUAUUUUAAUUAAUACAAAAUAUGUUUAUGCUCAAGAAGAAUUUAAUUAUAUAUCAAUAUUUGCAAAUUCAGACAUUUUUGUAUCAAUAUAUACUUUAUGUAAUCAUGCUUCAUAUUUUAACAAAUUAAUAUUUGUUUGGUCAUAUAUCGAUUUAUUGCCAUUAAUAUUGAUUGAAUGUUUGGAUUUGCCUGAGGACACAUCUUAUGACUUGGGAAUAACUUUAAAGAAAAAUUCUUCCCAAUUAAUAAAUAAAUCAGCAAUAUCAUUGUUGAUACAAAAAUUUAAAUUAGAAAAUAAUCAUGCCUCAAAAGUAACUGAUUUUAUAUUUAAUUUGUUCCAAAUAAAAUGUGAAAUUAAUAAAAUAGAUGAAUAUUUUAGCAUUUUAGACAAGUUCAUAUUUGAUGCCUUAAGCAAAAGAAAUUGUGAUUUCAACAACACUUACAAUAAUAGUAUUGUGUGUAAUAAUACUAUUAACAAUGUAGGAAAUAUUAUUACACCCAAGAUCAGCUGUAAAAGCGGGGGUAGUAGUAAUAUAGGAUGUACCAAUAAUAGUGGUCAUAUUAGCAGUAGCAAUAUUAAUGGAAUAAAUAACAAUAGCUUGGUGACUUAUGAUGAAAGAGAAUAUCCAAGUUAUGAAAAUGAGAAUUGUAGAAUAGAAUAUGAUGGGCAUAAAAAAUAUUCGAAUGAAUCAGAAAAAGGUAUUAAAGUUAUGGAGAAUAAAGAAAAAAAAAUAAAUUUAUUGUCUAUAUUAGAUAAAGUUAAAAAUAUUAACAAAUUUAUUGGAACAAAUACGAUAAUUGAAAAUGUAUAUUUUGAUAUUUUUUUAAAUUAUGAUGAACAUGUUUUCUCUAACGAAAUAAUAUUUUAUGUUAUAUCAGAUAGUAAGAAUAAAGACAUAAUAGCUCAUGGUGGGAAGUUUGAUAAACUAAUAAGAAAUAUGAAUAAUAAGAAAUCCACCAAUGUAAGCAAUAACAAUACUAAUGACAGUGGUAUAAAAAAUAAUUCAGCUAUACAUAUAAAAGCAUAUGGUGUUGAAAUAUAUUUGGAAAAGAUUUUUACAAAAAUAACAGAAUCAAAUGAUAAAUUAUCAAUGAAUACUCAAGCAACAUCGGGAGGUGAUAAGGUCCAAAUUUUCAGCAAUUUUUCAUUAUUACAUGAUUAUCAAAAUAAUUUUGAAUGUACAAAUAAUUUAAUUUCGUCUCAAUUAAAUACUGGGCAAUUUAAUUAUUCUUGUCCUAAGGUUUUAAUUCAAGUUUAUGAAAUAGAGAAUUUAUUAGUUGCUUAUGAUGUAUCAAAAAAAUUAUUAAAUAAAAAUAUAUAUUCCUAUAUAUUUUUUUCAGCUAAUAAUACAAAUAUUAAAAAAAAAGUCAAAAUUUUUAAGCCACAUAAAAUUAAGUUCAUUAUUUCUAUUAAAUCGAAUAGCAAUGACACAACAUUUAAUGUGAAUAAUCCGAUCCAAUUAAAUGAUGUUAUAUAUAAAAUUUACAAUUCCGAUAUUCAGGAUUAUAAUUUUACUAGCCAGGAAGAAUUAAUUAACUUUUUAAUUAAAAAUUUGUAG